AUUCGGUAACCUGAAUUCGAUCCCAAGGAUUCUCUUCUUGCUUGCCAUUGUGAUCAAAUUCAGCUUACCAAAUUCCACAACCAUUCACAACCACGAACGUUGAACAUUUCGAAUAAUGUCGAGUCGUGAGUUCCAGAUGUUGAUCGGUUUUCGGCAUCUCUUGAUUCGUCGGACGAGAGAAGUAGGUGUUGACAAGUGCCAUCCAUUCUACUAAACGAGAUGAACGAGGGAAAGACGAACAAUAGGUCCUCCAGAGGUAAGUUUGAACAAAUAGCUUCAUCUCGCAUAAUGUCAAUUAAUAAUAUGUCGUGUUCUAUCACUCUGAGAUCGAUGAUGAGAGCGAGGUCUUGUAUCGAAAAUAUUCAGAUGGUCUGUAGUGAGCUAGAGUAGAGGGUCGUGGUGAGUCGUCAAGUCUGUUGAGUGUAGGAAAUUUGCACAUUGGAGAGACGAGUUGGACUCCCUUCAUUAGCGUCGAUUAUGCAUCAUCGAGUCGAGCGUUUGAAGACCAUGACCAAGGUACUUACAAAUAUUCGAAAUUGAAACCCUUGAAUGAAGAUGCUAUCCGUGAUCAUCUCAUGGUCAUGAUAAAUAAAGAGGACAACAAGAACAAACUUUCUCAACAAUCUAACUUUUAGGGACGAGCAUCAACCUAGUAGACAAACAAGAAAAGUAAGUACGUCAAAAACACACGCAAGUAUAAUUCGCUUUGAUUGAAGGGGGCAGUGAAAUAUAGCUAAAGGUGGAGUAAAAAUCGUACUAACUACGAAGAACAAGGCACCAGCUGCAUAUCUACAGAAGAAAGAAGACCAAAGCACUAAGUAUCAAAUUGUGCAUGGGCCACUUCGUGUCCUACAGCGUCAUUUUUUUAUUUGGAAAGAAGAAUUUUUCUGAAACUGAUUCAUCAUCAUCCUGUUGUUACUUAUCGUUUCGUAUUUGCUUCGUGGUAUACCUGUCAGGGUGACGAGUGACGCAUCGUCUUCAUAUUAGUCUUCCUAACUAUAGGAUAUUCGUUAGCAGUUGCAAAAAGACAAGAUGGUAGAUGAAUCUGACUACAUUAAGAAUAAAGAUCGGAGGGGGGAAUGCUUCGCGGCUUUGUUUUCAGAAAACACGGAUAUGCGACUGCGCAGAAAAUUUGGACGCGGAGACCUCACCGUCAGGGCAGCGGAUACAGAAACGUUUAAAGCGUUCUGGCACCGUGGAUACGAAGCAACGGACCAGGGUGAUUUAUGAUCUUCUUGUUUUUUUCUCGUUGUCGUUACCUCAUUGAAGAUUGGUGUAUCUCUUUGGACCCUCUUGCUCGCGUCUUGGAGCUUUUUUCGUCAAAGGUACGGAAAAAGACGGAAAGCGAGAAAGGGCAAUCUUCAUCUUGAAGUUUAUGAAAUGAUUUUUUACCAAACUCCUCUAUCUAACGAGCGUUCGUCGGCGUUUCCAGGACGCAGAUGAAGGCCCUUCCGAAUGGGUCACUGUGUUGCCUCAUGAGCGUGCGCAGAUGCUUACGCGGCUGAAACUCUUCCUGACGAAAUUCCCGACUGCCGACGCAAUUGAUACCGAGACAGCACCAUUAGACCUCUGGACGAAACUGGUAACAAAGGAAAAUUACAGUGCAGAGUACACGAAUGGACCCAAAGCGCUCUUCGAAUUUCUUGGAGGUGACAAGGCUCUUCAAAAAUUCGUGGAUGUAGCUCAAGAACAACACAGAAGAGCAGAGGCCGACGAGGCAAAUGCUAGAAAAGAAUACGACGCAGCCAAGAACCCCCGGAAAUUCAAGUCUCUAGUCAGGAGAGUAAUGAACUCCCUCGGAGCAUCUGGGCAUUCUGAUGAGCAAUUGGAGGCCGCGAAAACGGAGAAAGAGAAUGCUGCCACCGUUCUCGCUAAUAGCAAACAAGAGAAAAACAUCAAGGCUUGGAAGCUCAAAAUCCUUCGAGAUGCCAUGGAUGGCAAGGAGAUCACGACUAAGGAGCUAGAGGACGCUACCGAGGGCGCGACCAAUCCUCUUUCAUCAACAGAAAAAGGUGAACCACAAGGAGGAGGAGCAAUAGGCGCCUCUUCCUUCCUCUCUGGUACAGUCAACGAUCCGUCCAUCUCGUCAGUAGUCCGUGGCGGCCUCCGAGCAUCAUCUUCGUCGGCAGCAUUACUCACCUACGUAGACCCAUUUUCCGCAGCGCUGUGUGUAGGAAGUGCAUUCCUCGGCGCCUUGGUGUUCCACAAGUGUGUGCGGCGAAACCGUCGCGGAAUGAACCUAUUUGGCAAAUCGGAGGAGGAGAGAACUCUGCUGCCUUUGCGGCAGUAACUGAAGCAAUCGCUUUAGGUACUAACUUGAUUUGUCGUGCUUGUAGUAAGAAAAAUGUUAAAUCAUCUGGCACAUAGGAUCUGAUGACUUCUGGUAAAGAACAAGUCUACAUGUGAUGACUUCUACUGAUUCUGGUCUCAAAGCUGAUUUGGUAGGUCAGAUCGGAGACAUAUGACAUGACGUGAUGACUUCUACAUAGGUGUCAGGCCGACUGAGUCAGAAUGUUCUCAUGAUCCCCUGAUCCCUUCGUCUUCCUCCAUGGUGUCGCUUCAGGCUGUGAGAACCUAGGAGUUUGGUCAAGUGGUCAUGAUCUGAAGCAACCAAAGCGAUCUCACUGAAUCAAUGGUAAUCAACUGAUCUGGUUCAAUGGUAUCGCGCAACACUUCAACUUGAAACACCAACGUUCGAAUCCUUGAAGAUGAAAGACUUGCAAACCCAUGAAUUCCGCACGAAAGCGCAUGCAACGAGGAUAACCUAAGACCUCAAACCUUUGAUGAUGGUGCUCCAUCCUUACCAUGAACCCGCUACCAAACACACAGUGCUAGGUAGUCCGUUUACACUGACAAGGGCUCCAUAGGGGCACUAGCUUGAAAAGCUUUGCGACCAGAGUGUCGAUAGAAUCGCGUCCUAACAGUCUACCUAGCUCCUUGUAGCAUCUUAGAAGUUUGCAACUUCUCAAAACUUGCAUUCUCUCAAGACCUAGACACUCAUCAUUCCACCUAGUUCCUCCCAGCAUCUAGUGCUAGUAACAAAAUGUAUGCUGCCAUCAAUGACUUCACGACCCCCGUGUUGCGGCUGUUGGUGAUACAGCUGGGGGCGGCAGCAGCAGGUCAACGUGAUGAACUACUUGGUGCGAUUCAAGGAAUCGGGAUGGCGUAUCAGCCUGCGAACAACGUCAUGCAGAUCCCCAUGCCGAAUGCGCAGGGAUGGGCAACCCUACUGGCCUUGGAUCAAACGGGAGCGAAAGCUGAGGUCCUGGGGCGGAUCUGGGAACACCCGCUGAACGUGCAGCAUAAUGGUGUUGGGCCUGGUGCGCCACCUCCUCCAAUUCAGGAACAGCCGGCUGCUGGGGCUGGAGCACCCCAAGCUCCACAGAACGAUGCAGCACUGGCAAACCCGAAAGACAUACUGCUGAUUCCGCUGGAGGAAAUUCAGGAUCACAGCACCUUUCAGCGGUGGUUAAAGGGCGUACGGCUCCAAGCCGAUACCCGCCGCGUCGGGUUCUGUCAGGAAAUUCUGGAUCAACUGUUGAUGGGUGCAAAUCUGGAAAUGACUGCGAGGGACAGCCAACUUGUUCUUCUACUGCAUCGAGCUGCCAGGGCUUCUCUCGGUAAAGACCUCGGUAACAGGAUCGAAGCAUCGGUCACGGCAAGCCAGGUGGUGGACAGCCUCCCCGGUGUGAUGAGCGAGCUCCUUCGUCUGUCGAUGUACUUCGCGCAGGCUCAGGUUGAGAAGGAGAUGACGGAGUUGCGCAACGCGCGCUGGCGUAAGGGCGACCUGCUCGCGUUCGUUGGACAGCUAAAGUCCAUGGCAGCGAAAUGCGGCAACGAGCUUCCCGUGGGACCAGUCCGGGAGCGCAUGAUCCGGGGCGUGUUGAUCAAGAACAUCUCAACAAAGGACCCAACGGCCGCACAAAUCGUUCGCGAUUUCAAAGGCUAUCCACCCAGCACCCCGGGAUAUGGCGCAGAGGAACUUGCGGAAAAAUGCUCUCGUAUCAUGUUCCUUGAGCAUUCCGGCGAGCAGCAGGCGCAAGUCUUCUCCGCUGAGCUGGAGGAACCGAAACAAGACCACCAGAAGGAGGCCAUGGCGAACAACGUGGAAACCCAUGGUGACGACAAAAAGCUUCAGUCGCUAAAGGACAUACAAGCUGAAACGCUCGCAAGAGCAGCUAAUGCUGGCGCGUGCAGGGAAAUUUGGUGGCCAGCGUGACCGUCCGGCACCCUACGGCGGUAAGGGUGAUCGCGGCAGAGGAAGCAGAAACGGCCAAGGCAAGGGCCACGUAAAGAAGGGGGGCCAAGGUUCAGGAGCGACGACGUGGAGCGAGAAGUACUGCUCGAUGUGCGCCAAAUUCUAUGGUCACGACGAAAGCAGAGCUUCCGCGUUUCGCAGCCACAACACGUCGGAGUGCAAGUGCAAGCUGACUCAGACGCCCAAGCCACCACCCCGUAAAGGCGAUGGCAAGCAGAAGAAGAAGGGCAGUCGCAAUUGACUAAGCGGCUGGAAAGACACCCUAAAGCUAGUCAAAAAGAGAAAAGAGAAGCUGCAUAAGCAGCAUAGAAAAAGUAGCCGUAGUAGUUUUCCGUUGGUCUCGUUGUUCGGAACAAGUUCAUCAUCAGAAUCUAGUGCAUUUUCAGUGUUCGCAUCAUCAUCAAUAGCAUCGUCUUCUUCUGCACCAUCAACACUACAAGCUGCUGAUACAGCAGAGAACUUUGCUCCAUCAAGUUCUUCUGCAUCUUCAGUCAGCGAAAAUCUCGAAAGACCAAGUAGUUCACAUUCAGCAGACAGUAGCUCUUCAUCAUCUAGUAGUGUUCCACCACCGACAGCACCUAGUCCACAGCAAUCUUCUAGUGCUACACCAUCGCCUUCUAGUCACAACCGCCACUACGUCCUCGUGGGACAAGUAGACAACAGUAACGACAAAACGAAUGAGUACUACAGCAAAAUCAUUGACUCCGGGGCGAGCGCACACAUCGUUCGUGGCCGGUCUCUUUUCAAAUCAAUUGACAACAGCAAAAUCGUCAGGGUUCGUGGUGUAGCUGGUGCCGAUACUGGACGCAUGGCACGUCUGAAGGGCAACAUCUUGGGCAGCAACAUGCAAGCAAUCUGGUUCCCAAAACUUCCGGUGCAGGCCUUGAUCAGCGUCAACAGGCUGAAAGACGACGCAUGGGAAGUCACGCUUUCUCCGCACGGAGACACAGCAACGAACUUGAUUGCAGGAGUGUUUGUCAGCUUAGGAGCAACCGAAAAAGGGCUCCCUAGCAUACCGAGUCUCGAGCUACGGCAAGGUGAUCCUCUUCCUGGUUUCUUCUGCUCUCCCAUGCGCGACCAGGAAUUUAGUGGUCUCGGUCUUGAUGAAGUUUUUGAGUCAGUGCCUCCCGCUGCGAGAAAGGCAGUAGUUCGUGCUGGAAGAAGGAGGCGAGGCCCUCGUGAUAAUCAAAAGUCUGUCCGUGAUAAACUUCUACAGCACUGGAGGAUGGCGCACAUCCAUGACAAGGGCGAGAGAGUAACAUGCCUCGACUGCGUGCAAGCCAAAUUCAGAGGGAUGGGAGCUGAUUCAACUAGCUCUACUGCACAAGAAAACAAUCCGUCCCUCAUGCUGUUUUCGACAGAUUUCCUCGGUCCAGUAAAGCCAACCACUUACCGCGGCAACAAGGUCGUCAUGCUGUUUGUGUGCAACUCCUCACAGUAUAUUGUCGUCCGCUCACUCCCUGCAAAAUCGUUCGCCCCUCAGGCAGUAGAAAGUUUUGUUAGGGAGAUUCGGAGAAAAGUAGGCGCCAAUAUACUGUCAGGGGAAGCAGCCACACAGCUGAUUUCCGUGGGGCUCAGAAGUGACAACGAAGCUACGCUAAAGUCGGCUGACAUGGAUUCGGUUUGUGAGCGAUACAACAUCGCGCAUUCGUUCAGCAUUCCGCGCAUGCCGUGGACGAACAGCCACGCGGAGCGAGCAGUUCAGAGUCUCAAGAACGCACUGAGAUCUGUGACGCUGCAUGUGGAUCCCCACAUUUGGGACUAUGGUCUCCGGGCCGUAGUUCAUGCUUGGAACAUCAUGCCAAGGCUAGACAAAGAGAGUAGCAUCGUACGCGCACCGCUAGAGACCCUAAACAGCAAGGUCCAAAACCCGAUGAACAGGGUGAACGUCGAGAACAAGAAAAAGUAUCUUCGUCGGUUUGGUUGUUUGGCUAUAUUUCGGCCUGGCAGGACGGAGUUAGCGAAACAAGACGAGAAAAUCUCAGUUCUCUCUCCGAGGGCACUUAGAGGCGUCAAUCUUGGUUGGAGCGACGAGAACUCCUGCUGGUUAGUUGGCUGUUUUCCCGAUCCAGCUUCAGAAAGAUUUGCUGUGUAUCAGUGCAGCAGCGUCGUUUUCUUGGAAGAGAUUCUGGCGUCAAACGUGAAACAGCUGUGCAGUAACAGCACUGCGGCCCUAGACGAACAAAUCCUAGGGAGGCUGAAGGCAUCGAUCGUUCCUGCUUCUGCUGAAGCUUCCGUUGGGGUAGUUCCAGGAACUGCCGUAGGGGAGUCGCUGAAGCAAGACCUAGAGGGAUCUUUGCCGGUAGGCCGCGCGUCAAACGCGACGCUUGAACACAUCGAUGCUCAUCAAGCUCCUGCUCCCACCGAGGACAGCGAGCCAAAAACGCACACCGAUGCGUCUGGUGCCGAACUUCCACCUUCCAAACAAGUGGAUGGUUCGCCGGCAGUCCAGUAUGGACCUCUUUUCCGCCCUGCCAGCGAGGUGAAGAGAGGUCGACCCAAAGGUGCUAAAGACAAGCAACCACGGGUCCGUCGUACGAAAGCGCAGAUCCUUGCGCAGCAGCGGCAGCAGCAGGAGUCUAGUUUUUACGAGGCGAUGUGCAGCCACCUCGAAGAAGAGGACGGUGAGGAACUCAUCGCAGCUGAAAUUUUUCUGGCGAAAGAUCGCGACGAGUACAACAUUCCGCCGGGUGGCACUACAACCCCGGGCAAAGCAUUCAGGCACGAAAAUCCGUACCGUCCGCGGUGGAUAGAGGCGACCCAAGUAGAGGCAGCAUGACUGGAGGCUUACCGCUGUUGGCGGAAACUUAUGGCUUCUGAGUACUCGGACUUCUACGCCGGAAAAUUGAAGUGCACACCGACCGCGCUGUUGUUAACGAGAAAGCGCUGCGGGCGCUUCAAAGCAAGGCUAGUGGUUCUUGGCAACCGUUGGCAGGCAGAAGCCAACUCGGACGUUUCGCUCUACGCAAGCGUCGUGUCGCACCUCGGAAACCGAGUAGCACUGAUUUCCGGGGCAAAAAGGAAGUGGUCGAUGAAGGCCUUUGACAUCGGCAACGCCUUCAUCCGUGCAAGCAUUCAGCACCACCGAGUAGUAGUUUCGAUCCCCGAGCAAUUCAGGGACGGCGAAGGAGAUGACGGGCGGCGUCUUCUCCUGAAAGCUUUGUACGGCCUUCCGAUCUCACCAAAGCUUUGGGGCGACCAAAUCGCCAAAGACCUUCGUAGCCUGGGUUGGACUGAAGCAGCAGCUGAGCCGGGAUUGUGGCGUAAAGUCGACGCUAGCGGCGAGCUGAUCGCAAUUUUGACCAUCUACGUGGGCGACUGCGUGGUGAUUGCGAAAACGGCUCAGCUGGUGGAUGAGUUGACUUCCCAGGUGCAUAAGCUGCACCCGGUCACGAUGAUCAACAUGGAAAAAGCACCAGAAGAAGCCGAUCUGCCCGAUGCCGUGAAGUUUGACUUGCUUGGUGCCGAUUGCAUCUACUCCAAACAGCAUGGAGUCUUGCGCAUCAAGAUGCGAACCUACGCCGAGAAAGUGCUAAAGAAGUUUGACAUGCAUCAAAAGGACCUAAAAACGCUUCCCACGCCGGACUUCGAGGAGGGUCUGCUGUACGACGAAAACGCAACUCCCUCAACCUUCCCGUUCAGAGCACUGGUCGGCGCACUUCAGUGGUUGACCGUGACAGCGCGCCCUGAUCUUGCAGCAGCCGUCAACAAGCUAGCACGAGCAACGGCCAACAAGGUCAACAAGGCGAUGGAAGCCGCUGGGCGCAGAGUACUUCGCUAUCUGGCUGGUGCCAAAGAUGUUGGCAUUGAGUACUCGCCCCAGGCAGAGCACAACUUCUAUCAGAAAUUAGCCGAACUACAGAGUCACCAGUCACCCAGACAACAGCAAUUCAGACCAGAAGUUGUUCAAUCACCCCGUUACUGCGUAUGGCGACGCAUCGCUUGCAUCAACAUGCCGUGCGUUGAAGAGCGUCACCGGAGUGGUAAUCUAUCUUUUCGGAUGUCCAGUUGCCUGGAAAUCGACGCCGCAGAGCGUAAUGGCUCAAAACACGAUGGAGGCAGAGUGGGUUGCAUCCAGCAAGGCCAUUGAGAUGGCAGAAGGGCCACAUCUUCUUCUGCAGUUCCUUCGAGGUAGAACCGAACUAGAGCAAGCAAAGGAUCAAGAAUCUGAUGCUGGUGCCAUCUUAUGCGACAAUCGCAGCGCGGUUUUAUCAGGACGGAAACCGCGACAAGAACUGAACAGAUCGACUAGGCACAUCGCGAUUAGGCACGGCAAAGUCCUCGAACACGGACAGCGGAUAGUGUUCGUGCCCACUCAAGAACAACGUGCUGACGCACUCACGAAAACGUCGAAUGCUGAGGCGCUUCGGAUCAUCUUCCCACAAGAAAGCAGGAGGAGCGAGGCGUUUGAAGUGCGAGAGGAAGUGGACUAUGUGGCUUGUUUCCUCGAGAUCCUGUGAUUUGUCGACUUGAACCACAAGGCCAAAAUUCGGGACCAGGGGCCCGGAAAAAUGGGCCUAAGGUUCAAGUGCCGAAGUCUCACCUGUUGACUUGUUCCAUAAGGCCAAAAUUCGGGACCAGGGGUCCGGAAAAAUGGCCCUAAGGCACAAGAGUGCGCGCUGAAGUCUUCAAAGCUCUAGUAUGUGAUGGUGUUGCAACUGCCUGAUGGCCUCUGUUUCUGUCUGUCUUUUGAGCUACAAGAUGAUACCGAUGACUACGAGACUCGAACCUUUGAUGAAACAUCUCCAACAACAAAAGUCCGACAUAUUAACCACUUGACUACUUGGACCAUUAAACUUGCAAAAGCGAAGUAUGCAAUAUCUUGCACAACAUAAGAGGCGCCUGAUGUACAACACUUUCGUCGACCUUAUAGCAAUACAUUUGAGCACCGAAACACGAAAAGUAGGCCUAGUUUUCUUGCCUUUUUCACACCCUAGCACAUGUAAGCGUAAAAUAAGGCGUAUCUUGGUAGUUUUGGUUGGUUUAAGUUUGUCUGAUUUUCUUGCUUUUGGUGCGCGAUGUUGCAUCGAAGGGGGGAAUGUCAGGCCGACUGAAUCAGAAUGUUCUCAUGAUCCCCUGAUCCCUUCGUCUUCCUCCAUGGUGUCACUUCAGGCUGUGAGAACCUAGGAGUUUGAUCAAGUGGUCAUGAUCUGAAGCAACCAAAGCGAUCUCACUGAAUCAAUGGUAAUCAACUGAUCUGGUUCAAUGGUAUCGCGCAACACUUCAACUUGAAGCACCAACGUUCGAAUCUUUGAAGAUGAAAGACUUGCAAACCCAUGAAUUCCGCACGAAAGCGCAUGCAACGAAGAUAACCUAAGACCUCAAACCUUUGAUGAUGGUGCUCCAUCCUUACCAUGAAUCCGCUACCAAACACACAGUGCUAGGUAGUCCGUUUACACUGACAGGGGCUCCAUAGGGGCACUAGCUUGAAAAGCUUUGCGGCCAGAGUGUCGAUAGAAUCGUGUCCUAACAAUAGGAUUUACUUAUAAAUAUGUUCCUGCUUUAUUCCUACUUAUUCAGGACGGUAUAGUUAGGAGGAUCCAGUUGCGGCAAGCGUUGGACUUCUUCGUUGUAUGAUGUGUCAGAGGAUGGCGAAUUAUGAGACGAUGUCAUGUGGCUGGUGGGGAAAAUUGUGACAGGUACUACAACAAAACACCUGUAGACAUCUUCUAUAGUGCAUGCUCACUGUAGUUUCGUCUGGUGUUCCUUUUUCUUCUAUAAUUGAUGUGAUCUAGUAAUCCGAUUCUGAUAUCGAUCAUCCUUCCCUGCUUUCCUACUACUUCUUCAGGUAUAGAAGGAGCUAACUUCUGCAUGCGUUGGACUUCUUCAUAUGUGUCAGAGGAUGGCGAAUUAUGAAGGUAAUACUUCUGCUGUUGGAGAUAUCAAAUUUAUAUAUAACUUUGUAACCGGCUACGGCUUCAAUUUCAAAAGCUUAAGAUGGCCUCUUCUUCAUUUUUUUCUCUUCAUCAGAGAGACUGAAUGAUCUGUCUACUCAUCCUCGGCUGUAGUAGGCCAGCAUUGAAAUCUAAAUGCUGACAGACAACAUUAAUACAACUUUCUUGACUCAGGUAUGAAAAAAUGUGCAAGCAUAAGUAGCAUUGCGAAAUACGAAUACAAUUGAUGUAACUGUUGGGAAAUUCGAAGAAAGUUUAGGAUAGACGUGGGAUUUGGAUGAACAAGUGCUGAUGCAAUGCUUCAACAUGGCAAACGAGAAGGUGAUGGGCGCACUGGAAUGGGUAAGAAGUGGUCCGAGGACGUGCGGUCUUCUACUUUUUACUUCUACGUAAACUAACACUAUCUAAUCCACAAAGAGUUAGUUUGGCAGUCCCUGAAGAUGGUUUUGUUGAAAUAGGGAAACGACGCGCUGUGAUUGAGUUUGCUUUUCAAAAAUACUCAGAAUGAUUGAAUUUGAAAAUGUUGAAGUGAUUCGUUUUGUUCACAUCAUAUCAAUAUCUACUCCGAGGUCGAAGAUUUCGCGAGCUUUGUUCUUGGAUGCCGUAGGCUAGAGCGAUUGACGACGCGCUUCGGUCCAUUAUCAUAGAGACAGAGAACAACUCAAAUACUAAUUAAUACAUCAUAUUAAGAUUCAUAGAUAUAUAUAAAUAUAAUCAAUUUGUUGUUGCAAACCCCCUCGGACAUUGUCGAACAACAUGAAAAUUGUUGACAUGUUGAGGUAAGUGACGUCAAAUAACCUACAAUCUAUUUCAUACAACAUUAUUGUUAUUGACAUGUUGGUUCGUCGUAGAAAAAAUAGCUUCUCUCAGUUCACCGUACUAACUCUCGACUCCUGGAGGAUCAUGUCUCGAGAAAGGGUCGACUUAUUUGGCCAUCACUAGAAGAACAGAGACAAACAUCAAAGAAACUGAGCAGAUAUUUAAUGUACAUUCAAGACGAACAUGAACACAGAGUAGAAGAAGACGAACACGGACUAGAUGGAAGACGAUGAACAUGAACACGAGGGUAGAAGACAAGACAGAUUAUCCAUGUUAUGAACCGCAGGUACUGGGUCAUCUGUGACUUCUACAGAACUUGCACAACUUUGUCUAUGUACAGCAACUACAUGUGCUCUUUCCUACAAAUAAUACAGACAAGAAUUAUACCGCAAAGCGCUCCACGUCCAUCAAAUGCACUUCCAUAUUGAUAUCAUUGAUAGAAUCACGGCACUGGCACUACUUGUUUGUGGCAAGUAACCAGUUGAACAGGGUGUGCCGUGAUUCUACACCAU